CUUGGGAACGGACAAGAGCUCCCUUUUUGUUGCCAUGUGCAUACUAGUGAUGCAACUGAAAACUGAGAAACGAAUCGACAUCUGUUCGAUAGUCAGAAAGCUUCGAGCACAACGUAGUCUAAUGAUAGAAACAUAUGCACAAUACGAAUUUCUGCAUAGAGCUAUUGUAAAUUUUGCCGAUUUAUACAAAAUCUCGCUAGGCAUAGCUUCCGACUGUUGAUAAGCUGAAUAAACUAUAGUGAUAGCAAAAUGCUGAGGUAACGCAAAACCCACGCUGAAUAAUACGUAUGUGUAUGUAUGAUGAGUUCUGAAUCGAGUUUGAUUCAGAAACAAAACACACUCACACACCUAACACUAAGCUAGGUCAUCGUGCGUUCCCUUGGGAACCGAUAGACACACAACACUGAACACAAACACACAGAGAAAAAAUGUGCAUGCGAUACUUCCUGGCGAAAGAGCAUAGCAAGCUACUGUGCUAGUACUGCUUCUAUUAUGCUUUAAACUUGUAUGUAAUUUUAGCAGCUUUUUUUUUAAACUAGUAUACAAAAGCAUGAUUUGUGUUAACAACAUUGUAUUCAAUCAAACAAAGCAUACAACAAGCGACGAAUCAAAGGUCAGAGAGCAGAAGAUCGAGAUUAGCGUAGACGUUUUUCCAGUGGAGAUUGUUUAUGAUGCUUCAUUUUUAUACAGCUUAGCAUGGAAAGUGUUCCGCCAGACGCAGGCGGAGCAAAAUCAAGUAUCUUCCUUUUUUAAAGCCAUCCUUAGUUACUAAUCUCGAAAAGUCAUUUCCUAUUUAUAUAGAGGACACACUACAUUAUAAAUAGUCAUCACAUAACUAAUGAAACUCAGAAACACUAGGAAGGAAAAGCAGGUACCUUUUAUAAUAUCCCUGUGCGGAGGAAAGGCGUAGGAAGGAAAUAGUUAGAAAUCCCGAGCAAAACACCCGUGUAGAAAAAAAGAAGACAAUGCGCAAAUAGGAAAACAAAAGACAGUAACAAAGGAGUAAACAGUUGGAAAGAAAUAAAAGAGUGUGUGAUCAAAACAAACAAGUUGUAAGAAGGGUAUAGGUAAAAUACAAAACCAAGUGAAAAGCAGUGCAAGGCGAAACGGAGACGGUUAGUUAUUUUUCAUGUUGAAAAAGAGAGCAAACAACAAAUUCAAUCACGAGAAGGUGAACGAUGACACUAAAAUAAAGCAGACAGUUGCAAAAUAUACCUCUAUCUGUGUGUAAAAGUCAAUAACUAUUAAGGUAUCUGUACCAGUAUGAUAUUUCUAUGAGUAACAAAAUAAAGAAACAGAGAAAACCACACGACUGGAAAUUAUUAUUACAAAGAAAUAAAAAAACGCAAGAAUAGGAGACAGAACAAGUGGACGGAACGAAAAGUCGUGUGUUGACGCUGAAGCCACAAUCUACUACAUUAUAAUGUUUGUAUUUAUCGAAAACUAUCAACAACCACAGAAAUGGCAAGAGAACACGAGAAGUAAAGGUGAAACUUGUGUACGAAG